AGUUCUGAUUUAAACAACAUAAAUUUUGUAGCCUAUCUUUUUUUUUUAUUCGAUAAGAGGAAAUGAAUUGAGUUCUUAUAUGACAAGGAAGAACCGUUCCGCGAACGAAUAUCAGGUAGCCUACUGUCACUAGAAUUCAAAAGAUAUAUAAGCCUACUGGCCGUGACAAACUUUGCCAUUAGCUCUUGACGACCAACAAAAUGUUUUCUGUAUCAAUUGCAACUGUGUUACUGCUUGUGAGUAUCGUUGUUUAUGUAGGGUACAAAAUGAAGACCAUGAAGUCGAUAGACCGGAUUGCUCUAGAAACAAAAAUAUGGCUGCCAAUCAAUAAAUUUUACUGCAUGAUCGGCCUAAUGGAGAGGAUGAGGCCAAAAGAAAAUCACAUAAUAACCGGUAACAACGGAGUCACGAUUCCCGUGCCCUUUCCAGAUUGGGGAGUGGUCACAAAAGAAUUCUACAAGUUCGAAAUCAGAGAGAAUGACAUCAUUGUAUCGACGCACCCAAAAGCAGGAACAACAUGGAUGCAAGAAAUCACGUGGUUAAUUUGUCAUAAUGCCGACACCAUAACGUCAAAGGAAAGUCGCAUUGAUCUACGAGUACCAUUUUACGAAUACGUCGACCCCUAUAAUUAUCCAACCGGAAGUAAAUGUCUGGAAGAUUGGCCUACUGAUAAGCAAAGAAUAAUAAAGACGCAUGUGCCCUUUGACCUCCUACCAAAGGAAUUUCAGCAGAAGAGGAAAGGCAAAAUGAUUUAUGUUGCACGAAAUGCAAAGGAUGUUUGCGUCUCCUUUCACCAUUUUCUCAGUAUUAAUCCCACAGUUACCCCACCAGGAACUUGGGCGGAAUUUUUUCAAAAAUACUGCACCGGUGAUGUUCCGUAUGGAAGUUGGUUUUCGCACGUGCUACAAUACUGGAAGAAAUAUGAAGAACAAGGCAAUGAGAAAUACAUUUAUUUCACAACAUAUGAAACGCUGAAACAAGAUUUGAGGGGCGAAGUUGCAAAGAUUUCAAAGUUUCUAGGAAAGGAUUUAACUGACCAACAGAUGGAUAUCAUUGCUGACCAUUGUACGAUGGACAAUAUGCGAAACAACAAAAGCACAAGCAACCUGCAUCUCAUUGAUCCGAAACAGGGAAAAUUCAUGCGGAAAGGCCAGGUUGGAGACUGGAAAAAUCAUUUUACGCUGAAUCAAAAUGAGGCAUUCGAUGAAAUGUACGAAGAAAGAAUGAAAGGGAGUGAUCUCCAAAUUCCAUUUGAAAUUUGACCGUCUCUUACGUGUACGGCAAGAUACCGGAUCAUAUAUUUUACAUAUAUACAUAUCGA